AUGGACAAUAUGGCGUCCAAUGUGUCGUUACGAAGCAACAAACAAAGGAAAGACAAUCUUAUUACUCGGAAACAGGACAAGAGCCCGGAGAAGACAAUAAGAGGAACAAGAGGUGCUUAUAGAGGGAUACCAUCAACAUCCAAACGAGAUGAGGAAACCGAUACCGGUUCGACUGAUCGUCUCGAUAGACCCAAGAAGUUUAUGUCGCAGAAUAAGAGCAAUUAUGGCCUCGGAAAGAGACCGGACUUCUCGUUGAAGAACAGAAAUGUACAUUUGGCAUCCUCGAGAUAUGGACAGAUGACAUCCGGCCUCCACGGCCACGGCCACCAGAUUUCGCAGCCAGCACAUCACCUGGAAUCGACUGUGUUACCAGCUAAAGAAAAGACCGUGCAUGGAAAGGAAAAGACCUUCAAGGUGGUAGUUGGCGGUGAGGUGGGUGUUAUGAAGACACCCGUCCUAGGUCCACGGCCUUAUAAUGCACUCGCCAUCAUUCACACACAGCAGAGCAACACGUUUGAUAUGCUCAACUCUCUCACUACUAGUGUUGCAAGUCAACCAGUAGUGGGUGUUGGUGGGUUCCGUCGCCGUAGCUCAGGUCAGGGUCUGUGUGAUCCCGAGCUGGAUGAUAGCGGGAACAAGCUGGUGGCCAGGCUGGAAGACGACGCCUUCAUCUCGGAACAGGAUCUGGAAGAAAAUAUAGAAAUUGCUACCGCCACUGAAAAGACAGGUUUUCCUCACACGGCCAGCGACGCGACCGGCGAAGAACCGCCUCAGGAACAACAGAAUGGUUUAGUGUUUGGUCCUAUAUACGAGUUGGACAAACUGGAGGAUAAAGAUAAGGAAAAGGUGGACAAGGAAGACGAGGAGGAGCCGAUAGGAGUGUCACCAUGUGGCAGAUUCUUCAAAUACGACAAGGAGGUCGGUCGAGGUUCCUUCAAGACGGUGUACCAUGGGCUAGACACGCAGACAGGGGUUGCAGUAGCUUGGUGCGAGCUGCUGGAGAAAAAGCUGAAUAAGACUGAACGUCUCCGGUUCCGUGAGGAGGCUGAUAUGUUGAAGAAGUUACAGCAUCCGAACAUCGUGCGGUUCUAUAACUACUGGGAGGGAACCGUCGCUAAGAAGAAGAACAUCGUGCUCAUUACGGAGCUCAUGGUCUCCGGGACGCUCAAGACCUAUCUGAGAAGGUUCAAGCGUAUCAAUCCCAAAGUGUUGAAGUCCUGGUGUCGCCAAAUACUCAAGGGGUUGAAUUUUCUUCACUCCCGUACACCGCCUAUUAUUCACAGAGAUCUGAAGUGCGACAACAUCUUCAUCACGGGCACUACGGGCAGCGUCAAGAUAGGAGACCUCGGGCUGGCCACGCUCAAGAAUAGGAGCUUCGCUAAAUCUGUUAUAGGCACGCCAGAGUUCAUGGCUCCGGAAAUGUACGAAGAACAUUACGACGAGUCCGUGGACGUGUACGCGUUCGGUAUGUGUAUGUUGGAGAUGGCGACCGGCGAGUACCCGUACAGCGAGUGUAGCGGACCCGCGCAGAUAUACAAGAAGGUGGUGUCGGGUGUGAAGCCGCAGAGUUUAGAAAAAGUGACCAUUCCAGAAGUAAGGGACAUCAUAGAGUCAUGCAUACGACCGGAUAAAGGGGACAGGCCGAAAGUCAAAGAUCUGUUGAACCACGAGUUCUUCGGCGAGGACAUCGGUCUGCGGCUGGAGAUCGUCGACCGCGACCUUGUGACUACAUCCGACAUGCCCAAAAUACAGUUCAGACUAAAGAUCAUUGACCCCAAGAAACGUUCGUACACUCACAAGGAGAACGAGGCCAUACAAUUCGAGUUCGACAUGAUCCGUGAUGACUGUGAGGAAGUAGCCAAGGAGAUGGCCAAGGCCGGCCUCAUCAUGGAGGAAGACGCCAGGAUAGUGUUCAAGCUGCUCAAGAGCCAGCUUAUAUCGCUUAACCGUGAGAGGAGUGAAAAGAAAUCGCAAAUGCUGUUCAACCAGGAGCUGAUCAACGAGCAGAACAGACAGCAGCAGUUGCUGUUGGAGCAGCAGCUGAGACAGGUAAAAAUGAUCCAGAACCAACAGCAGGCGGGCCCAGUGGAUCAAGUGAAAGCGGGUCUGUUGAAUGGAGUAGCAUCACAACCAACACUCGCCGCCGUGCAGCUCGAUCAACAAUCUCAAUUGUUGCAAGCGCAACAGCAGAUACUGCAGCACCAAUUCCAACAGCACCUCACUAACGAAGAAAAGAUGAUGGUUUUACAGCACAAUCUAAUGCAGGCUCGUAUCUCCCCAUCUCUCACCGCUGACCAACAGCUCUUGCAACAGAAACAGUUCCUAGAACAAAACCUCAAACAACAGGUGAUGAUUGAACAGAAUCUUCUUCAACAAUCACUCGCUAAACAACAGAUGCUCGAACAGACGGUGUCCAAUCAGGCGUUGAUAGACCAACAGACACACCAAGGUCUACUCGAACCACAACAGACGCAAUUACAGAACUCCCUUUUAACACCUCAGUUAGUAGCUAAUGAGAUAACCAAUCAAAGUCAGGUAUUGCAGCAAAAAAUAAUUCAGCAACAACAGAAUAUAAUCGCACAUCAAGCAGCAGCGAUCCAGCAGAAACAGCUCGAGGAGCAGUUGACCAGUCAGGAGAGUAUUAAUACGGGUCCGCAACAGAAUCUCGUCACGGGUCAGAUGUUAGAUCCUUCUUUGCAAAAUUUGCAGAACAUAUUGGCUCAAAUUAUUCACCGUCCAGAAUCAUUACAACCCAGAAAAGAUUCGGAAUCUGAACAAAUUCAACAACAUCAUCAUCAGCAACCGCAGCAAUUACAACAACAGGUUGUAGGACAACAGACGGAGAAUGUUGACGUGCAGCAACAACAUCAAAUGGAACAAGAAGCUGUACAGCAACAGAACCUGUUGAAAGCUCAAAUGCAACAACAAACUAGUCAAAAUGUUAAUUUUCAACAAAAUCAGCAAUUCAUACCGACUAAUCUAUUAACUGCAGCCGUUGAUCCCGCUAUAUUGGCGCAACAGCAACAAGUCGCUCAAGCGCAACACCAAAUGGCACAAGCACAACAGCAGCUUAACGUCCAGAGGCAGAUGCUGACUCAGCAACAACUCGUGCUGCAGCAACAGCUCAUUACUCAGCAGCAGCUGCAGAUGCCCGGACAGACGUUGUCUCCACAGCACAUAAGAAAUAUGCAGCAGCAACAGUUUCUAGCGCAGCAAGAGUUACAACUUCAAACACAGCAGAAUUUCAUAGAUCAGCAGAAUCUCGCGUUGCUGGCACAGAAGCAGCAGUUGAUGGGCCAGCAACAGCAAAAAGUCGAAGAGAUGCUUCGAGCUCAGCGACCUAUAUACACGCGGCAAGGGUCCGAACAGAGCCAGCUCAGCAGUACGGAUCUACACGAGCCGCCGACGCUGCCUGAACAGUUUCAACAAAAGCCCGCCUUACAUCCGCAAAUGUCGGUUGACCACAUGCAGUAUCAGAAUCAAAUCCAAAGCGGUCAAGUCCAGAAGCAGCCCUCGGAAGAUCAGUACCAUCACGUGCCCAUGCAGGGACAGUCGCUUCCUCACAACAUGCUCAACCAAUUCAACGUGGUGCAACAGAACGAGAGGCAGAUAUCUAGUCACGAAGGCACCCCGGUGCAGAAUUACGCUGCUAAUCCUCUGCAAAUGUACCAACAGAGCUAUCAAAGUCAUCCAGCGCAAAUACAGACCGUGUAUAACCAGGUCGAUACUAUAGCUUCAACUACGGUCCCAGCUUCGAUUCCCGCGUCCAUCCCUACUUCAGUUCCCGUCCAACCACCUGUUUCAACGGUCGCUCAGAUGCCUCCCGUGACCUAUCAACAAACAGAAUUACCGCCAGUCAUACCUACAUCUGUGCCUACACAAGUUUCCCAAGAGAUGAGUCAGAACACGCAGCCACCAGAAGUAGUUCCACAGAAGCUUAACAUCCAACCCGAGGAAACUCUUACUAACGGACAGAAAGAACAAUUCCAUACACCGCUAACAGAAUUUCCUACCACUCAUCCUGAAGCGAUACGACAGCCCGAACUCAGCUCCGUAGAAGAAAAACAAGCGGAGACACAGCCGCAAGAAGGUACAGCGGUGCCUUCACCAAUAACGAGCGAUAAGAAGUCCAGGGGUUCCAAGAAGCGUUCAAGAGAGAAGGAGAAGUUUCCGCGAUUGACGGUGUUGACGGUCAGCGAGGGCGGUACUGUGGUAGAGUGUCAGUUGGAAUCCAAGGCCAAGACCGUCACCUUCAAGUUCCAUGUACCGGACGUCAACCCUGAGGAACUCGCCAAUAACUUUGUUGCCAACAACCUGUUGCCCGAAUGGCAGAGCACAGCAUUCACAGAGAUGAUCGGCGACAUCGUGAAACAACUGAGAGAUGCGCCUCAAAAACCGCCCGCGCCGCCCGACAGACUGAAACUACAAAUAGACAAGACGGACUACGACUCUGAAACGACAGAGAGAGACGACAACCUGACGGACUCCAACCAGGACAACUCAGAGUGCACCACGCCCACCGCCUCGCAGGACAGCAUCGCGUUAGGGGAACUGGAGGAGCCCGAGCCGGAACCGGAACCCGAGCAGGAACCGGUCGACAAGCGGGCGGAACUACUGGCCAGGAAGAUAAGCACCGCCUCUAGUAUAGGAUCCAAUCAGUCGGACACUGGGUCCGCCGCCGACCGGUCGGGCAGCACCGAGUCUAACGGCGACAAGAAGUCCACGAAACCAACUCGAAAGAUAUCGAGAUUUCUAGUCAGUCCUGUAGUGGACCGAGGAGAAGACGUGCCUGAGGAGAAGAUGGAGACCAAACAAGAACCGAGCGACAAACAAGUAGAGGCUAAGACCGAGCGACACAAGGAACCGAUCAAGGAGGUACAGGUCAACGGCUUCCCGGAACCGGAACCAGUUCCCCAGCCGGCUGUGGCAGCGACACACGCUGACACUACCACCACCACCGAGGCCACGCCACCAACUAAACCUCUACCACAAAGCGUGCCACAAGAAAAGCUCGUCCCCACACACCAGUACUCGCUGCCAACACAGCUGACACACACGCCACACACGAUGAUCGACCACCGACCGGCCGACAUGCAGCAGAAACCCGCGGAGCAGAUACAACCUGCCGUCACCUGCCUCGGGAACAUACCGACCAAUAUGACGCAGAUACCCUACCAGGCGGCCGGGAACACGUUACUCAAUGGUACAUUACAACACAACCUCACGACGCCGCUACAGAUCGCGACGGAUACUCCCUUACUGGGGCUGAGUCAGGUAGGCACGCCCAUGGGGGUUGGCGCGGACCUGGGCCUGAAUAUAGCGCUGGGGGCUGUGGGAACGGGGUUCGCUGACCCCAUGGGCCUCGGCCGGCUGACACUGGCGCAACCCAUGCUGACCCCCACUUCAGGGGUCACAGACAGCCUGGGGAACGCUGAGAAUAUACAGAGAAUGUUGCUGAAACAAAACAUCAUAAAUCAGCAGCAGAGCCUGUCGGGUCCCAACCUGCUAGGCCUCCUCAACGCGCCCGCCUACCCUCAGCCGGAGCCGCUCCUCUCCCUGCCGCCUGGCGCGCGGGCCGCCUACCCCCCGCCGUGCUACUACACGCCCAUGCUCGCCACCGCUAACGACUUCAUAGCCCAGCAACAGGUGUUGCAGUCGGUGAAUCAACUCAACCCCAUGGGCCAGGCGGUCCCGGGCUUCGGUCUUGGGUUAGGCUUGACGCCGCUACAACCCGCCCUGCAUCAGAACAUACCUCUCAACCAAAACCUAAUGGGCCAAAAUCUAGGACAGAACUUAGGUUUAGCGAGUCAGAAUUUAGGCUUGGCUAGUCAGAACUUGAUGAGCGGGCAGGGGAUGAUGGCGCAGAACAUGGGGCUGAUGGGACAGAACCUGGGACAGCUGGUGGCGCAGAGGGCCGUGCAUCACGCGCUGGCGAGGAGGGCCGUCGACAUGGAAGUCGGUAUGACGAACGUGAACUCGACCGGCUCCACUCAGCCGAGCACGCCCAACAAGAGUCAGUCCUACACUGAUUAUAUGAUGACGUUUCAGAACAAACUAGCCUCUAUAUCUAACAGCGGUCCCGUGUCUCCGCAGUCUCCGUUGGAAUACAGUCCCGCGCUGUCUCCUACACAACGAAGACUCGCCGGGCUUAAGCAGGAGGUUGUAGACUGUACCGUAGGCGCCGAGGGGCCCGCGGCGGGGGUCGCGGGCGCCCCCGGGGGCUCCGUGGACACAGACGGGGCCUCACACGCAGACCGACUGGCGCACCUCGACCAUGAGCUCAGCAAGAUAAGCUUACACUACAAGCACUCGGCCCCCAAGGAUGCGUUCAGCGACCAAGGAACGGAUGAGAUGUUGGCGGCGGAGAUUACCGAGCAGGGGGCGACUUAUGAUGACAAGCGCGGCGCCCGGUUCCACGUGUCUCGUGCGGCCCCGCUCAGGAAUUACGCUCUGUGUCGUCUACUACCGGACAACGGUAAGGAUAAGCUCGAUCUAUCGCAAGGCCAGUUCUCGAGUGACAACGCACUGGACGAGCUGUCGUGUGAUAACACCUCCCUGUGCGAGGAGACCGCGGACGGAAUAGACGGAGGAGCGGGGAGGGAGGGGGAGGGAGAGGGAGACGAGCUGGGCGGGGACUGUGACACGUACGUGCUGACGGACAGGGCGCGCGCGAGGUGCUACAUACUGGAGGACGCGCUGGCGGACAGGAGACACGUCAUACUGGACCCCGCGCCCCGGAGCGAGGUGCUGAGUCCCGGCGAGACGUGCGAGGAGCGCGACCGGAGCUACUUGAUAGUGGACCCGGCCAGGGACGUGACCUGCACCGUGCUGGCCACGACCCUGAGGCUGGACGGAGACCCCGCCUUCACCAGCUUCAGGGAGGAGAGGCACCGCCCGCCCACAGGCACCAGCGGCGCGCCCGUCAGCGAGGAGCUGGCCGGCUGGAGGGCGGCGGCCGAGGACGCGCUGGCCCCGCCCACCGCCCCUCCCACACAACCGACACGCCUCACCGCACGGGCCAACGACCUCACGGCUGACUUGUGGGUCGAGGAGACGCUCACAGACAAAGCGUCCUGGCGUCAAGUGGUGGUGGUGUCUCUGUCCCCGGCGGGGUCGUGA